GCUACCCCCAGCGAUGCCGGAUUCAUGAUGUCCGACGCCCCCUCGAGGGCUGCCGCAACUCCCCGGCGAAACUUUGGCUUCCCCUCGUCCUCUGCAUCUCGACCGCGAGGCCCGCCCUCGGAGAACCUGGGAGCGCCCAGUGAAGAUGGCUUCGCCGAUGAUCAAGUCCCGCGGAGCUCCAGAAUUCCCAAUACCGCCGAGAUCUCACGCGUGGAGGAUCGAAUUGGCUUGCUGGUUCAGGAACACUUCGAGUCCUUCAUCGAGAACUUCGCCGAAGGCCCUCUGAGCGCUCCCACCCCAAGCGCCCCGACCCCGAGUGCUGUCACCACGGACAAGUACUACGUCGCCCAGAUCAAGGGUAUGCGCACAUACUCGCUAUCCACUUUCUAUGUCGACUAUAAGCAUCUCGCUGCUUAUGAGAAUGGUUCCUUGGCCGAUGGUGUGAUGCGCCAGUACUAUCGAUUCCUUCCCUUCCUCACUGCCGCCUUGCACAACAUGAUCGCCAAGCACGAGCCCAUAUACUUCCGCGAGCAUCGCCAGCCCACCGCUUCGAGCAACCUCACCACCUCGGCCGCCAGCCAUCUUGGCUCUGCCAGUCAAUCCGAGUCAUCCCAUCGCAAGAAUGAGCACCAACAGACCGACAGGCUCUUCUCUAUCGCCUUCUACAACCUGCCAUUGGUGUCAAGGGUGCGUUCCCUCCGAGCCGCCAACAUUGGCCAGCUCCUCUCCAUCUCUGGUACCGUCACGCGAACAUCAGAGGUUCGUCCCGAGUUGUCUCUGGCCACAUUCGUGUGCGAAGCCUGUCGCACAGUGGUACCAAAUGUCGAACAGACAUUCAGAUACACGGAGCCUACACAAUGUCCCAAUACCACUUGUCAAAACCGCGUGGCCUGGCAGCUUGACAUUCGGCGCAGCACCUUUGUCGAUUGGCAAAAGGUUCGAAUCCAAGAGAACAGUUCUGAGAUUCCUACCGGCAGUAUGCCUCGAACCAUGGAUGUCAUUCUCCGUGGAGAAAUUGUCGACCGUGCGAAGGCUGGAGAGAAGUGCAUCUUCACUGGUGCCCUGAUCGUUGUCCCUGAUGUUAGCCAGCUUGGUCUUCCUGGUCUGCGACCAACCGCCGUCCGUGAUGAUCGCAACGCCCCAAGAGGCGCCGACGCUGGUGGAAGUGGAAUCAGUGGUCUCAAGGCCCUUGGUGUGCGUGACUUGACUUACCGUCUAGCCUUCCUUGCCUGCAUGGUGAACCCGGACAACUCUUCUACUGGUCAAUCUGCCGCCAGCGGUGUUGCCGAUGUUGUCAACGCCUUGACACAAAACAUUUCGAACGAGGGAGACCAGAGUGUUGAGGAUGCCCAGGCUGCUGUGCUGGCGUCCAUGAAUCCCUCCGAGAUUGAAGAUCUGCGAGCCAUGGUGCACGGUGAUCACAUCUACUCCCGCCUCGUCCAGUCCAUUGCACCCAUGGUCUAUGGACACGAGGUUGUCAAGAAGGGUCUGCUGCUCCAGCUCAUGUCGGGUGUUAGCAAGACCACGCCUGAGGGUAUGCAACUUCGAGGUGACAUCAACAUUUGUAUUGUUGGUGACCCUUCAACCUCCAAGUCCCAGUUCCUCAAGUACGUCUGCUCGUUUGCACCCCGAGCUGUCUACACCAGUGGAAAGGCCUCGUCUGCUGCCGGUCUCACAGCAGCAGUGGUCAAGGAUGAGGAAACUGGCGAGUUCACUAUCGAGGCUGGCGCUCUGAUGUUGGCGGACAAUGGUAUCUGCGCCAUUGACGAGUUUGACAAGAUGGACAUUGCAGACCAGGUUGCCAUUCACGAAGCCAUGGAACAGCAGACCAUCUCCAUCGCAAAGGCCGGUAUCCAAGCCACUCUCAACGCCCGAACGAGUAUCCUCGCUGCUGCUAACCCAGUUGGCGGUCGCUACAACCGAAAGACGACUCUCCGCUCCAAUAUUAACAUGUCGGCACCCAUCAUGUCCCGUUUUGAUCUGUUCUUUGUCGUCCUCGAUGAAUGUAACGAGCAGGUCGACCGUCAUCUCGCAGAGCACAUUGUCGGCAUCCACCAACUCCGUGACGAAGCUGUCGAGCCCGAGUUCAGCACUGAGCAGCUCCAGCGAUACAUCCGCUUCUCCAAGACCUUCCGCCCCGAGCUUACUGAUGAGGCUAAGGAUGUGCUGGUCGAGAAGUACAAGGAUCUCCGAGCAGAUGAUGCUCAAGGUGGCGUUGGCAAGAACUCGUACCGUAUCACCGUUCGUCAGCUAGAGAGUAUGAUCCGUCUCUCUGAGGCCAUUGCCAAGGUGAACUGUGUGGAGGAAAUCAGCCCUGACAUGGUCGUUGAGGCAUACAACCUCCUCCGACAGAGUAUCAUCUCGGUUGAGCACGACGAUGUCGAGAUGUACGAUGAGGAGCCCCAGGAAGACAGCGAGACUCUUCUUCGGGCUGCUGAUGCUGCCUCUGGCCGUGACCAGGAGGGUGAUGCACCGAUGGUAGAGGAGGAACAGGAGCCUGAGCGUAGCAGCGUCGCACCCGAGAAGCGGAAGCUCACCAUCACGUACGACAACUACAUCAAGAUGGUCAACAUCUUUAUCCAGCGAGUUAAUGAUGAUGAGAGUGGCACUGGUGAGGGUGUGAAUGGCGAGGAGUUGGUGAAUUGGUAUCUUGAGCAGAAGGAGAGUGAGCUCGAUGGUGAGGAAGACUACCACCGCGAGAAGGCUCUGGCAAACAUGGUUCUCAAGAAGAUGGUCAAGGAAAAUAUUCUCAUGGCUCUUCGUGGCGAGGGUCUCACAGACGGCGAGGCAAGCUCUGCGUCAGCCGCCCAGGUCAUCUAUGUUCUCCACCCCAACUGUGCUGUUGAGGAGUUUUAG